AUGUCGACCAUUUCGCGGACGCUCGGCUACCUGCGCCGGAUCGGUAUCAAGGAAUACUGGCACCAAUUGAACGACUCUCGGACGUUGACGUCCCGGCUAACUGCCGCCUUCUCUGCAUCUAGCGAUACCAAGGCCGGUACCCUCAUCGGCGUCGACAAGUACGGCAACAAGUUCUUUGAGAACAUGGAAGAAGAGCUGCCACUCCGUACCCGCUGGGUGGACUACAAGAACAAGGACUACGACGCCUCCCAAGUCGAGCCUCUCUGGCACGCCUGGCUCGCGUACACCGUCGACACCCCGCCGCAAAACGACUCUCUCAUGGCCACGGCCAACGCGCGCGCUUGGGCCGUGCCCGAACAUCGCCCCAACUUCACCGGCACCCGCGGCGCCUUCAAGACCUACAGCACCACGAAGCCCAAGAUCAACGCAUGGGAUCCCGUUGCAGCGCCGCGGCAGUAG